CUAGCACUUGCGUGCCGUCUGUCACUUCUCUUUUCUUGUGGCAGUCCAAGAUGGCAGUUGGGAAAAACAAGGGCCUUUCCAAAGGAGGCAAAAAAGGAGUUAAAAAGAAGAUUGUGGACCCAUUCACCCGUAAGGACUGGUACGAUGUGAAAGCCCCCUCGAUGUUUGCCACGAGGCAAGUGGGCAAAACUCUGGUAAACCGUACGCAAGGUACGAGGAUAGCCUCAGAGGGUCUCAAGGCUAGAGUGUUCGAAGUGUCUCUAGCCGAUUUGCAGAACGAUAACGACGCUGAGCGCUCGUUCAGGAAGUUUAGGCUAAUUGCAGAGGACGUUCAAGGUAGGAAUGUGCUCACGAAUUUCCACGGUAUGGAUUUGACCACCGACAAACUUCGAUCAAUGGUGAAAAAGUGGCAAACUUUGAUUGAAGCGUCCGCUGACGUGAAGACAACCGAUGGUUACUUGUUGAGGGUGUUUUGUAUUGGUUUUACAAACAAAGAUCAGUUGUCGCAGAGGAAAACUUGCUACGCUCAACACACGCAGGUCCGCGGAAUUCGCAAGAAGAUGGUUGAAAUCAUCACCCGGGACAUCACCGGGAGUGACUUAAAAGAAGUCGUGAAUAAACUUCUCCCCGAUUCCAUCGCGAAAGACAUUGAGAAAGCCUGCCAGGGGAUCUACCCCCUCCACGACGUGUACAUUCGCAAAGUGAAAGUAUUGAAGAAGCCCCGUUUCGAGCUUUCCAAACUCCUGGAGUUGCACGGUGACGGAGGUAAGGGAGGAGCUGGAGAGCCAGGAGAAGCAGGUUCAAAAGUAGACAGACCUGAAGGCUACGAACCGCCAGUUCAAGAGUCUGUUUAAUUUGUUUAUAAGAAAACUGAAAAUAAAAACGUUUAUUACGUA